CCCACACCUCGACCCCAGAUUCCCAAUAUUGAGACAUCCUUACCCACACCUCAACUCCAGACUCCCUAUAUUGAGACAUCCUUACCCAUACCUCAACCCCAGACUAGACUCCUUAUAUUGAGACAUCCUGACUCACACCUCAACCCAAGACUAGACUCCCUAUAUUGA